GUGACCCGAAGGCACAGGGCCUUGGAACUUCAAGGAGUUCCUUGGUGCAGGCAAGUCAGAGUCUCCCACUGCCUAGACUUGGUGAGGAAAGCAUUCUCCCUAGCCUAGGUUCCCCUGUAGGGGAUUCCGAGGGUGAGGCCCUGGGGCGGACGGCCUGUGACCCUGACACCCAGCCGGACCAGACUCCACCCCUUCGCUGCACCAGGAGGGAGGGCUGAACUGGGGUGGAAAUAGGAACCAAGAAUCCAGAAGCCCCAGACAGCACAGAGAGAACGGGGCGCCGGCAUCUGGGGAGCGGCCUCUUCGCCGGCAGCGUUGGGGAAGGAAGGCGGGGACCUGCCCGCCACUGCCACCGCGGGCGGGGCCGCCGGGACCCCGCAGGGCCCAGGAAGGGGGCGGGGCGGCCGCGGUGACGCUGCGGGGAGGGACGGCAGGGGCGCCGCCAGCGACCGGGAAAAAGGUCGGGGCCAUGGGCCAGCGCUGCGCCUUCAAAGGGUCCGGCCCCUGCUGGAACUCAAGGCCCGGGUUGCGGGCGCGCCGGGCUCCGACUCGCCGGCCGGCCGCCGCUGCCCUGACCGGGUGAGGUGCGCACGCCACCAGCUAGAGGGCUUGGGGCCGCGCGCCACCGCCCCGCACUGACGCCCGCGCCGUGCCCUGCGCCAGGCGGAGCGGAGGCCGCGAGUGGCCAGCCCGAGCGCCUUCAGGAUGCUCAUCAAGGAGUACCACAUCCUGCUGCCCAUGAGCCUGGAUGAGUACCAGGUGGCCCAACUCUACAUGAUCCAGAAAAAGAGCCGGGAAGAGUCUAGUGGUGAGGGCAGUGGUGUGGAGAUCCUGGCCAACCGGCCAUACACCGAUGGGCCUGGAGGCAGCGGGCAGUACACGCACAAGGUGUACCACGUGGGCUCCCACAUCCCAGGCUGGUUCCGGGCACUGCUGCCUAAGGCUGCCCUGCAGGUAGAAGAGGAAUCCUGGAAUGCUUAUCCCUAUACAAGAACCCGGUACACCUGCCCCUUCGUGGAGAAAUUUUCCAUUGAGAUAGAAACUUAUUACCUGCCCGAUGGGGGGCAGCAGCCAAAUGUGUUCAACCUGAGUGGGGCUGAAAGGAGACAGCGCAUCCUGGACACCAUCGACAUCGUGCGGGAUGCAGUGGCCCCAGGCGAGUACAAAGCAGAAGAGGAUCCCCGGCUGUACCACUCUGUCAAGACAGGUCGAGGUCCACUGGCUGAUGACUGGGCCCGGACCGCUGCCCAGACAGGACCCCUCAUGUGUGCCUAUAAGCUGUGCAAGGUUGAGUUCCGCUACUGGGGCAUGCAGGCCAAGAUUGAACAAUUCAUCCACGAUGUCGGUCUACGACGGGUGAUGCUGCGGGCCCACCGCCAGGCCUGGUGCUGGCAGGAUGAAUGGACAGAGCUGAGCAUGGCUGACAUCCGGGCACUAGAGGAGGAAACUGCCCGCAUGCUGGCCCAGCGCAUGGCCAAGUGCAAUACAGGCAGUGAGGGACCAGAGGCCCAGCUCCCUGGAAAACCCAGCACUGAGGCCCGGCCUGGGGCCAACAACAUCAGCACCCCUGAUGGGCCUGAGGCCCCGCCUGGCCCUGAUGCCUCACCUGAUGCCAGCUUUGGGAAACAGUGGUCCUCAUCCUCCCGUUCCUCUUACUCAUCCCAACACGGAGGGGGCGUGUCUCCCCAGAGCCUGUCUGAGUGGCGCAUGCAGAACAUCGCCAGAGACUCCGAGAACAGCUCCGAGGAGGAGUUUUUUGAUGCCCACGAAGGCUUCUGGGACAGUGACGAGGUCUUCCCCAAGGAGAUGACCAAGUGGAAUUCCAAUGACUUCAUUGACGCCUUUGCCUCCCCAAUUGAGGCAGAGGGUGUUCCAGACCCUGGAAUCGAGGCCACUAAAGGCAAUGAAGAUGGGGUUCGAGCACCCAGGGACUCAGAGGGCCCAGAUGGAGCCGGGGAGCUUGGGGCUGAGGCAUGCCCAGUCCACGCCCUCUUCCUCAUCCUGCACAGCGGCAACAUCCUGGACUCUGGGCCUGGAGACGCCAACUCCAAGCAGGCGGAUGUGCAGACACUGAGCUCAGCCUUCGAGGCAGUCACCCGAGUCCACUUCCCUGAGGCCCUGGGCCAUGUGGCGCUUCGAGUCGUGCCCUGCCCACCCAUCUGCGCUGCCGCCUAUGCCCUUGUCUCCAACCUGAGCCCCUACAGCCACGAUGGCGAUAGCCUGUCCCGCUCCCAGGAUCAUAUUCCACUGGCUGCCCUGCCACUGCUGGCCACUUCAUCCUCCCGCUACCAAGGCGCUGUGGCCACUGUCAUCUCCCGCACCAACCAGGCCUACGCAGCCUUUCUGCGCUCAUCGGAAGGCACUGGCUUCUGUGGGCAGGUAGUGCUGAUUGGAGACGGCGUUGGUGGCAUCCUGGGCUUUGAUGCGCUCUGCCACAGUGCCAACACAGGCACAGGGAGUCGGGGCAGCAGCCGCCGUGGGAGCAUGAACAAUGAGCUGCUCUCCCCAGAAGCUGGCCCAGUGCGGGACCCACUGGCAGAUGGGGUAGAGGCACUGGGACGAGCCAGCCCAGAACCCUCAGCCCUGCCUGCACAGCGCACCCCCAGUGACCUGGCCAAUCCUGAGCCUGAGGGCUCCCAGAACAGCCUGCAGCUGGGGCCUGCAACCACCUCCUCGGGGGAGCCCCGGCGGGCAAGCACGGCCUCCUGCCCACCUGCUGCCAGUGCUGAAGCUCUCGAUGGCCCCACCAACACAGCCCGCCUCGACUUCAAGGUCUCUGGCUUCUUCCUCUUUGGCUCCCCCUUGGGCCUGGUGCUGGCUCUGCGCAAAACUGUGAUGCCUGCCUUGGAGGUGGCCCAGAUGCGCCCAGCCUGUGAGCAGAUCUACAAUCUCUUCCACGCAGCCGACCCCUGCGCCUCCCGCCUGGAGCCCCUGUUGGCCCCCAAGUUCCAGGCCAUUGCUCCCCUGGCUGUGCCCCGCUACCAGAAGUUCCCCCUGGGAGAUGGCUCUUCCCUCCUUCUGGCUGACACUCUACAGACGCAUUCAGGCCUCUUUCUAGAAGAGCUGGAGAUGAUGGUGCCCUCCACGCCCACUUCAUCCAGCGGCACCUUCUGGAAGGGCAGUGAGUUAGGCCCGGAGUCCUCGGCCCAGCCAGCAGCCCCCAGCACCACCAGCGAGGUGGUUAAGAUUCUGGAGCGCUGGUGGGGGACCAAGCGGAUCGACUACUCGCUGUAUUGUCCCGAGGCACUCACUGCCUUUCCCACCGUGACGCUGCCCCACCUCUUCCACGCCAGCUACUGGGAGUCCGCAGAUGUGGUGGCCUUUAUCCUGCGCCAAGUGAUAGAGAAGGAGCGGCCACAGGUGGCUGAGUACGAGGAGCCGUCCAUCUACAGCCCGGCCUUCCCCAGGGAGAAGUGGCAGCGCAAACGUACGCAGGUCAAAAUCCGGAAUGUCACUUCCAACCACCGAGCCAGUGACACUGUGGUGUGCGAGGGCCGCCCCCAGGUGCUGAAUGGGCGCUUCAUGUACGGGCCCCUGGACGUGGUCACACUCACUGGAGAAAAGGUGGACGUCUAUGUCAUGACACAGCCGCUCUCAGGCAAGUGGAUCCACUUCGGUACUGAAGUCACCAACAGCUCGGGCCGCCUCACCUUCCCGGUGCCCUCGGAGCGCGCGCUGGGCAUCGGUGUCUACCCGGUGCGCAUGGUAGUCAGGGGUGACCACACUUAUGCAGAGUGCUGCUUGACAGUGGUGGCCCGUGGCACAGAGGCUGUGGUUUUCAGCAUUGACGGCUCCUUCACCGCCAGCGUCUCCAUCAUGGGCAGUGACCCCAAGGUGCGCGCAGGUGCCGUGGAUGUGGUCAGGCACUGGCAGGAUGCGGGCUACCUGAUCGUGUAUGUAACAGGCCGGCCCGAUAUGCAGAAGCAUCGUGUGGUGGCCUGGCUGUCACAACACAACUUCCCUCACGGAGUCGUCUCCUUCUGUGACGGCCUCACUCAUGACCCCCUGCGACAGAAGGCGAUGUUUCUGCAGAGCCUGAUGCAGGAGGUGGAACUGAAUAUCGUGGCUGGGUAUGGGUCUCCCAAAGACGUGGCUGUUUACGCAGCUCUGGGCCUGUCCCCCAGCCAGACCUACAUUGUGGGCCGUGCUGUGCGGAAGCUGCAAGCCCAAUGCCAGUUCCUGUCAGAUGGUUACGUGGCACACCUGGGCCAGCUGGAAGCGGGUUCCCACUCUCACACCUCCUCAGGACCCCCGAGGGCUGCUCUGGCCAAGAGCAGCUACAGUGUAGCCGCCCCUGUGGACUUCCUCCGCAAGCAGAGCCAGCUGCUUCGCUCCAGGGGCCCCAGCCAGGCAGAGCGCGAAGGCCCUGGAACGCCACCCACUGCCCUGGCACGGGGCAAAGCCCGAAGCAUCAGCCUCAAGUUGGACAGUGAAGAGUGAGCCCCAGAUGUGGCUGGACCCAAGUUAUUUAUUGACAUUCAAGAAGUCCAAGUAGCUGCGUGUGGGAAACUGGGGGCUUAGAUCUUGGGCCCCAGUCCUGGCCCCCCAGGCCCACACCCUGCAUCCAUCUGCCCCUCCGUGAUACUUUCCUUUCAUGGGGGGAACCCAGCCCCAAGGGACGGGAGGAGGGGCGGCAAGGACCUAGCACCUUUUCCACUGUGUAAAUCCCUGAAAAUAAACACCUGCAUCCCCA